AUGGAGGAAAUCAUCAGUGAGAAUCAAUUUGAGUUUACUAAAGGCAGACAAAUACUGGAUUGUGCUUUAGUCGAUAACGAGAUCAUGGACUAUGUUAAAAGAAGACAAGUUGAAGGGGCAGUGUUCAAAGUGGAUUUUCAAAGUGCCUAUGAUACAGUGAACUGGGAUUUCCUGGAUCUGAUGCUUGUUAAGUUAGGUUCUGGAGAAAAAUGGAUCCACUUGUGUAUCUCGUCUGCAUCAAUCUCUGUACUCGUUGAUGGGUCUCCAAUGGAUAGAUUCAUCAUUCUAAGAGGUUUGAGGCAGGGGUGUCCCCUAUCACCUUUAUUGUUUAACAUCGUGGUUGAAGGGUUAAGUGCAGUGCUAACUAAAGCAUCCAGAGCUAGUUUCUUCUAA